CGCGCAUGCGCAGUAGCGUACAAUCGGGACUUAAAGCUCUUACACAACUGAGCCUUGUCUUCAUUCUGCUGCUUCUGCUCACCGGUCUGUCUCUGUGUGUGGGAAGUAAACCUUUUACACCACUUUUACUCUUUUAUUUCUGAUCUUUCCAAUCAAACAGCGAUUAGGAAAUGAGUGGGGACCAUUCCCACAGCGAGGACCAGAUUGACGGUGGCUCUCGUUUUAAUGACUCUCACAAGCAUAAAGACAAGCAUAAGGAGAAGGAACACAAACAUAAGGACCACAAGAAGGAUAAGGAACGGGAGAAAUCAAAGCAUGGCAACAGCGAUCACAAGGACUUGUCUGACAAAAAACACAGAGACAAGGAGAAGGAAAGGAUGAAGCACAAAGAUGGCAGCGCAGACAAAUACAAGGACAAGCACAAGGAGAAGAAGCUGAAGACCCCUGACGGUAAAAUCAAAAAGGAAAAAGAGAACGGCUUUGCCAGCCCUCCACAAGUGAAGUCUGAGCCCGUGAAUGAUUUUUACCACUCUCCUAAACAAGAGAAGUCUCUAAAAAGAGAACGGGAUAAUGAUAAUGACUCUGAAUUCAAGCCCAAAAAAAUUAAGAUUGAAAAUGACAAGCAGGUCAAGAAAAGGAAACAAGAAGUUGAGGACAUUAAGCCCAAAAACACGAGAAACAAAAAAGGAGUCCUUACUGGAAAAAAGAAAGCAAAGAAAGAGCCAGAGGAGAAGUGGAAAUGGUGGGAAGAAGAGAGAUCCACAGACGGUUCCAAAUGGAAGUUCCUGGAACACAAAGGGCCCGUGUUUGCACCGCCGUACGAUCCUCUUCCUAGUCAUGUCAAAUUUUACUAUGAUGGUAAGCACAUGAAACUCAGUCCAGAGGCAGAAGAGGUGGCCACGUUCUUUGCCAAAAUGCUGGACCACGAGUACACCACAAAGGAUAUCUUCCGCAAAAACUUCUUUAAAGAUUGGAGGAAGGAAAUGUCUUCAGAGGAAAAGGGUAAGCUGACGGACCUGAAGAAGUGCAACUUCACCGAGAUGAGUGAAUACUUCAAGGCACAGUCUGAAGCCAGGAAGGCCAUGACAAAGGAUCAGAAAUUGAAAAUAAAGGAGGAGAAUGAGCGGCUCUUGCAGGAGUACGGCUUCUGCAUCAUGGACAACCACAGGGAGCGUAUCGCUAACUUCCGCAUUGAGCCUCCGGGCCUGUUCCGCGGUCGUGGAGACCAUCCUAAGAUGGGCAUGCUCAAACGGCGCAUCAGGCCUAAAGACAUCAUCGUCAACUGCAGCAAGGACUCCAAGCACCCGGAUCCUCCUCCAGGCACUAAGUGGAAAGAGGUUCGUCAUGACAACAAGGUGACUUGGCUGGUGUCGUGGACGGAGAACAUUCAAGGCUCCAUCAAGUACAUCAUGCUGAACCCCAGCUCUAGGAUCAAGGGUGAGAAGGAUUGGCAGAAGUAUGAAACGGCUCGUAGACUGAAGAAGUGUGUCGACCGCAUCAGAACCCAGUACCGUGAAGACUGGAAGUCUAAGGAGAUGAGGAUCAGACAAAGGGCUGUGGCUCUCUACUUCAUCGACAAGCUGGCUCUGAGAGCGGGUAAUGAGAAGGAGGAAGGGGAGACUGCGGACACCGUGGGCUGCUGCUCGCUGAGAGUUGAACACAUCAAACUCUAUCCAGAGAACGACGGGCAAGAGUACGUGGUGGAGUUUGACUUCCUGGGUAAAGACUCCAUCCGCUACUACAACAAGGUCCCUGUGGAGAAAAGGGUAUUUAAGAAUCUUCAGUUGUUUAUGGAGAACAAGGAGCCCGAUGAUGACCUGUUUGAUCGCCUGAACACUUCUGUUCUGAACAAGCACCUUCAGGAGCUGAUGGACGGUCUGACUGCCAAAGUCUUCCGUACCUACAACGCCUCAAUCACCCUACAACAGCAGCUGAAGCAGCUCACAAGUGCGGAUGAGAACAUUCCAGCCAAGAUCUUGUCCUACAACAGGGCCAACAGGGCUGUGGCCAUCCUGUGUAACCAUCAGAGGGCUCCACCAAAGACAUUUGAGAAGUCUAUGCAGAACCUGCAGACUAAGAUUGAUGCUAAAAGGGACCAGCUCUCUGAUGCAAAGAGAGAACUGAAGAGCUCCAAGGCCGAUGCCAAAAUACGGAGAGACGAAAAAUCCAAAAAGACCGUGGAGACCAGGAAGAAGGCGGUUGAGAGGAUAGAGGAGCAGCUGAUGAAGCUGGAGGUGCAGGCGACUGAUCGCGAAGAGAACAAGCAGAUUGCUCUCGGCACUUCCAAGCUCAACUAUCUGGACCCUCGCAUCUCUGUGGCUUGGGUUAAGAAGUGGACCGUUCCCAUUGAGAAAAUCUACAACAAAACCCAGCGUGAGAAGUUCGCCUGGGCCAUUGACAUGGCAGAAGAAGACUACGAAUUUUAAAUCCCAGUUUGUGGUUUUACCUAUGAUACACUUUCUCUUUUUUUUUUAUCGGAUACUUGUUUUUUAGCUUAACUGAAUUUUGCUCGAUGGCCAGACCUGAUCAGGAAUUUCAGACAGUUUGAGCAGGAAAAAAAAACGUCGACGACACGGUAAGACGAGAUGAAGUGGCAGAAGGGUGUUGUGGGUAGUCUAAAUCUGAUCUGAGAUCAGGCAUCCAGGCUGAACUAUACCCACAACUGAGCGUCGAGGCAUAGUCCCAGUAAAUGGAAAGACCUUUUUACCGUUUGUCUCUCUCUCCCACCUCGGGGACAAAACCUGACAAUGCCUGAACUUUGAACUCUGUGGUCCUAUAGCUACUGUAUUCAGCAAAAACAAAACAAAAAAGGCUUUGUAUCAUUUUAUUUUCUCUGUUCACUUGCUCUGUAUUUUAGCCCUCCCAUGUAUUAUUAAUGAAUUCUAUAUUUUGAUAGACAAAGUUAAAUCAAAUGAAUUCCUUAACUACACCCACGCGCCUUUCGAGGAAAUGGAAAUGUGAGCUUGACUUUUAAAGUGUGUGUGUGUGUGUGCGCAUGCAUGUGUGUGUAUGAGGAGCUCGGCCAUGGAAUUGUUUGGGUGAAUAUUUUAAACUGGACUAUGUUGAAAUGUUGAGCAUGAAAGAGGAUGUCUGGGCAAAGCAAAGGGGGAAAAUACUGCAACCAUGUCAAUAUUUACUUAAGCAAGCAGAAUGUGAAUAUUUUGUUUUACAGCCUCCAUCAGGGACUUCUUUUUCAGUGUAAAUGUGAACCAAUCAUUUGUAUCCUUUAAAUCGCAAGCAUCCUCUGAAUCUCUGCAUAGCUCUGUCUACAUCAGAUUUUAACUUAAUUUAACAAUUGUUCCAAGAAAAAAGAAAAACUCCCACAUCUGUUACUUGAAGAUAAUGCUAUGAUAAUGUAUUUAAAGUCAUUAAUGGAAAGUGUUUUUCUUCCCAGAAAGGGUUAUGUGAGGGAUAUCAACUUUGCCAAAAAAAAAAAUCACCAAUCUGUUACAAUUCUAGGCAGGCUUUUAGUUUUUUUUUAAUUGUGUAAAGAUUGAGGAUAAAAUAAUGUAACAUUUUAAUGUGAAUUCAGUUCAUUUUAUUCCACUUUUAUGAUAGGAAAUUUGAUGUAAGUAGCUGUAAAGUCAACAUCCUAUUCCUGUUUUACCUUUUGUCAUAGCCUUUUGAUCAUGUUUUAUUUGAGUUUUAUGCUCCAUUGUAGGUUGAAAAACAAAUAAAAUCCUACAAGUAAA